AAUGCAUGUUGAUUUAUUAUGUCACGGAUUAUUAAGUGUAAUUUUAUGUUUGUAUUACAGAAAGAAUUGAUUUUGAUGUAAAGACUGAUGGCACAAGGUAAUGGUAUUAUUUAACAAAAGUUCAAAGGUAUUACAUGAAGGAAAUACCGCACGUGAUGAUACAAAUGUUGAUGAGCAGAGAUUAAGGCGUGUAAUAAAUGUUCGGAACUAUAAGAUACACGAUACACUCGAGGAUGAUUGUGAUAUUAUUGAUGUAUCGGUUUUACCUACAGGAGAUAUUUUAUUAGCUGACGGACUCAACAGACAGCUUAUAAAAGUGAACAAACAAUAUAAAGUUAUCAGUACCUUAUCAAUAAAUAUUGACCGCUGUCUAAACAAUGUGUGUCACAUUGGUAAUAAUAUUGCUGUAGUAUCAGGUUAUAACAAGCUGCACUUUGUUGAUGUAACAGGAGAUAUGUCAUUGAUUAGAUCAGUCAGCACAUAUCAUGAUUGUUAUACAUUAACCUGUCAUAGUGACAAACUAUAUGUUGUAGACUAUUUUUCCGUACAUAUUUAUUCAACUGAUGGUGAAUAUAUAAAACAUCUUUACACACCAGAAGACAAAUAUUCCAUGUAUACUUAUACUGACAUCGCAGUGAGUAAUGACGGUAGUAUGAUAUAUAUCAUGAACAAACAAUAUAAGCUGACUACUAUUGAUAGCUCCGGUAACCAUUUAUUCACGUUAGAUAUACCUGAUUUUGAAGAAUUUGGUAUUUACGGAAAUGGGUUAUGUGUAGAUGAUCAAGGUUUCAUUUUUCGAAAUUAG